AUGAUUCUGGGCGACUCUCUCGCUCACAAUCGAUCCGGAAACGACCACUUGACAUGGAUUUCCGGGCCUCCCCCAACCCCGCUUCCUAGUUCAUCCAAGGAUCAGGUUCCUCGUCUCUCUACCAGCGUCAAGAAUGCGGAAAAAACCCUUGAGCGCCCGGUUACGCAACGGAAAAUUGUAGAGCUCCCUCCCUGCCCUUCUUUCCAAGAAAUUCGGCGAUCGGAUGCCAUCCAGUGGCCAUCGACUCCACCGAAGAAAGAACCACUCUUCCUCCCUUGUACGCCGAGCCCCGAACAAGAACCCGUAUCCAGUCGACACCCCAUAUUCGGCCCGAUUGGAUUUCCUCUCUGUGGCCUGCCGUCUCAAUUAACGGUUGAAUCUGAAGGGACGAAUGAUUCUCUGAAUUCCUCUAACGGCGACGAACUAUUUACGUCUCGACCCGUUCGGAAGGGCCCAACAAAAAGAGAUGUCCGUCAGUAUAUGAGCAGAGUCGUAGAGAAGGUCAGCGACGACGUCUACAAUCUGCUUGGCAACGAAAGUGGUUGUUCCACGGAUCCCUGGAUUCUUUCACUCACGAACGCCGGCGACGCUGAGUAUACCUGCUGGCUCCUUCUGCGGGAUAGCCCACUUACCCAACACAAGCUCGCUAUCCAACUUAUCAAACUGGGCAUUCCUUUCCGCACGCUUCUGCCUCUUGCGAAGCCUUUCCCACCUGUCGGACAUCGACUUCGGCAGAUGGUAAGCAUGGACUACGUUGGCUAUGAAGCCUACAAUGCGCGUUGCAGAAGAACGCUCUAUUCAUCGGCAGCCGUCAUGCGAACUGCCCUGCUCCGCGGUGGGAUCAUCUCCCGCAUCGCUCAACUCGCAUAUAAAAAUGAGAUUUUCGAGAGCGCCACAAACGGGCCUUCGGAGGAGGCUUCUGCUGGCCGGGUUCGAUAUCACAUUUCUCCUCCAAAUUCAUCCAAAUCUAUGACGAAAAGGGCUUACUGGGACGAUGAUCUCACGAAGCAGGAGAUGCACAUCAUCUGCGGAGUGUAUGCCAAGGGUUCAGUCUGGCCAACCCCUCUGGAGUGGGACGAAAUCACUGCCGGACGCAGAAACCAUUGUUGGACGAAAUAUGACGAGAAAUGGUUUCUUAGUCACGUCGAGAAGCUCAAAACAGGCCGAAUAUCAAUAUUGGAGAGGAAGAGGGGCGUUCGUGAUUGGGAGGAGAUGAUCUGGAAACAUGUAGAUGUUCCGGUAGAUGUUCCAGAGGGAUCCCAGGGUAGUAUUCGGUAG